GAACUCUGUUUCUGGAUCUAUGUACUGGACCAUGCUAGCAUCCUUUUUCAGCUAAGGAAGUGGGGUUCUGUAUGACCCUAUGCCGGCCAGGAAAAAAUACAUUUUCAUGACUUUCUUUGCCACGUGGCUUUUGCUUUUUUUCUUUGGAGGAGACCAGCUGAGACGCCUCGCCUUCCUCAAGAAAUCCAGAGCCCCAAGGAGCUGGCCCCGCUGGGCUGAUGGGUUUCUCUUGAAGAGCUUUGCGGAUCCUGAAGAGCUCCAGAGGGACGAUGGAGACCACCAUGACCAAUCCCCCAAAGCUCGGCGCGAGCUGAGGCGGAACGUCUACAAGUACAGCAGGUGCCGCAUGGAGACCUGCUUCGACUUUUCCAAGUGCAGGGAACACGGGUUCAAGGUUUUUGUCUACCCUAUGGAAAGUGGGGACCCCGUGUCGGAAAGUUACCUCAAAAUCAUCACCUCUCUUGAGGAGUCACGGUACUACACAUCCAAUCCCGAAGAAGCCUGCCUCUUCGUCCUGAACACUGACACGCUCGAUCGGGAUCAUCUCUCAAUCCAAUAUGUGCACAACAUCAAUGAAAAAAUCCAAGGCUUCCCUCUAUGGAAUGAUGGCCGAAACCACCUGAUCUUUAACCUUUAUUCUGGCACCUGGCCUAACUAUACCGAAGACCUGGGCUUUGACAUUGGCCAGGCGAUCCUGGCCAAGGCGAGCUUUUAUAUCGAGAACUUCCGCCCAGGUUUUGACAUUUCCAUCCCUUUGUUUUCAAAGGACCAUCCCCAGAAAGGAGGGGAGAGAGGAUGGCUCCAUAAAACCUCCCUCCCGCCCAAGAAAAAAUAUCUUUUGGUUUUCAAAGGGAAAAGGUACCUGACCGGCAUUGGCUCCGACACCAGGAACGCGCUGCACCAUAUCCACAACGGCAAGGACAUCAUUUCGCUAACCACGUGCAAGCAUGGCAAAGACUGGGAGAAGCACAAGGACCAACGGUGCGACAAGGAUAAUACGGACUAUGAGAAAUUUGACUACCAGGAACUCCUGCACAACUCCACCUUCUGCAUCAUUCCCCGAGGGAGACGCUUGGGAUCCUUUCGGUUCCUGGAAGCAUUACAGGCCGCCUGCAUCCCCAUGCUACUCAGCAAUGGCUGGGAGCUGCCAUUCUCGGAGGUGAUUGACUGGAGCAAAUCGGCCAUUGUCGGGGACGAGCGGCUCCUUCUGCAGAUCCCAUCCACCGUCCGAUGCCUCCCCAGCGACAAGAUCUUAGCCUUCCAGCAACAAACCCAGUUCCUGUGGGAGGCAUAUUUCUCAUCUGUGGAGAAGAUUGUGCAAACCACGCUUGAGAUCAUUAAAGAUCGGAUAUUUCAUCAGGCGUCCCGCCCGAGGGUCUUCUGGAACACACUGCCGGGCGGGCUGCUGGCAUUGCCUGAGUACUCCACCCACCUCAGCGAUUUUCCGUUCUACUACCUGCAGCAGGGAUCCAGCCCUUCCAGCAAGUUCACAGCUCUCAUCCGGGCGGUUUCGCCAGUCGUUUCUCUCUCUCAGCCUAUCCUCAAGCUCAUUCAAGCAGUAUCCAGAUCCUCCUACUGUGCCCAGAUUGUAGUUCUGUGGAGCUGUGAGAAACCUCCACCCCUGAACACCAGAUGGCCGCUGACUGCUGUCCCUUUGAGCAUCAUCCAAGCCAGCAGCAAAGUCAGCGAUCGGUUUUUGCCUUACUCAGCUAUCGAGACCGAGGCGGUGCUAAGCCUAGACGAACACACCAGCCUUUCAACAGGCGAGGUUGACUUUGCCUUUAUGGUGUGGAGGAGCUUCCCCGACCGGAUCGUCGGCUUUCCCAUGCGUAGCCACUUUUGGGACAACAGCAGGAACCAGUGGAGUUACACCUCCAAAUGGACAAAUGAGUUCUCCAUGGUCCUCACAGCAGCUGCGUUCUACCACAGGUAUUAUCACAGCCUCUUUACUAACUAUUUGCCGGCUAGAAUAAGGAGCUUCAUUGAUCAGAUCUCCAACUGCGAGGACAUAUUGAUGAACUUCCUGGUCUCGGCUGUCACAAAACUACCUCCCAUCAAAGUGACCCAAAAGAAACAGCACAGAGACGUUCCCUUGCCACAGCUGUUGAAGAGCGCUCCUCCUUCCAACGGGAACCUUCGUUUCUCCCAGCGCCAGGAGUGCGUGAACCAGUUUGCGGCCUGGUUUGGUUACAUGCCCCUGGUGCACUCUCAGUUCCGCCUGGACCCCGUGCUCUUCAAAGACCAGGUGUCUGUGCUGCGCAAAAAAUACCGGCAUUUGGAGAGAGACUAGCCCAGGGGAAGCAGAAGAACCU